GUGUUCGACAGCGAAACUCUUUACGGGACAUCUGCACGCGUCCGGUUGGCUUUAGUUUGCUUUCCUCCCCCCGUCUCUCCUCAUCUCCCCCCGUCAUGUCUCAAACAAAGAAAAUUCAAGGCAAGAUUUUCCGAGGCGAGAAUGGCGUUGACAGCGACAUCACUCCCUCCCGUUCGUCUUCCGACCCUACACUGACGAUCAACAUCCCGAAGCCUGCUGCCACCACCCCCGCACCGCCGCCCAAGUUGGCCAAAGCAGAGCUCUCGUCGUCUCCCAACAAUGACGAGGGCAGCGCCGAUUAUAAGGUCUUUCGAGAAAGGCUCGCUGAGAAACUGGGCAGUGACUACCACGGCGCAGAGCGGUAUCGCCUAGAUCAGGACAGGAAGCGUGAGCUGCACUGGAAGAGAUGGGGUCCGUAUGUCAGCGACAGGCAAUGGGCCACUGUUCGCGAAGAUUACUCUGCGAACGGAGAUGCGUGGAGCCACUUUCCCCAUGAACACGCUCGCUCGCGCGCUUACAGGUGGGGUGAAGAUGGCAUCGCAGGUAUCUCUGAUAACCAUGGACUGCUGAACUUCUCCCUAUCUCUCUGGAACGGCCAAGAUCGCAUACUGAAGGAGCGACUCUUCGGUGUCACCGGACACCAGGGCAACCAUGGCGAGGAUGUCAAGGAGCUCUACUACUACCUCGAUUCAACACCGACGCACUCCUACAUGAAGUUCUUGUACAAGUACCCUCAGCGAGCAUACCCCUAUGAGGAGCUCGUGCAAGAGAACAUGCAUAGAGAUCGUGAUGUGUCUGAAUUCGAAAUCCUGGAUACGGAUGUGUUCGAUGAGGACAGAUAUUGGGAUGUCUUCCUAGAGUACGCCAAAGACGAGCAAGACCCUGACAGCAUAUACGUCCGCAUCACUUCCUAUAAUCGCGGCCCAGAGCCUGCGACGCUGCACAUUAUACCCCAAUUGUGGUUCACCAACACUUGGUCUUGGCCCGUCGAGAAGCCGCGUAUGCCGUCCAUGGCUGCCUUAGGUAACAGCGCCAUCACCGCUAAUCACCCAACCCUGGGAAGGCAUUACUUGUAUUGCCUCCCAUCUCCACUUCCCGUCAGUUCCACGGGUUCUCCCGUUGUCGACGAAGAUGCAGCCGAUGGAGAAGAGGCAGACGUGGUGGAGCCGGAGUUGCUUUUCACAGAAAACAACACCAACUUCCAGAGGCUGUACGGAGGGCAGAAUCAGACACCGUAUGUGAAGGAUGCGUUUCACGACUACCUCAUUCCGUCGCACCGCUUGCCAGUAAAGAACGAGGAAGAGAAGGGAAAAGCUAGCUUCUUCUCGGCUAAGAUUCACUCAAAUACUUCUUGGCACGACGCAAUCAGGACGAACGGUGGUCCAGCGGAGCCAGCUGACGAGGAGGAAGAGGAAGGGCCGCGUACACCAUUUCCCGCGGACGCCGAUUACGUGAACCCCGAGCAGCGUGGGACCAAGUCCGCAGCUCACUAUGUCUUCAAGGACGUUCCACCACGAGGCGGUUGUGCUGUCGUACGGCUCAAACUCACUCGCAAAAAACCCGGUCAAGAUCCCAGCAUCGAAGACGAAGGCCUCUUCGAUGAUGCAAUUGAGGAGCGCAGGGAGGAGGCGAACGAGUUCUACGCGGCCCUUGUCAUGGGUCCGAUGACCGACGAUCUGAAGCAAAUCAUGAGGCAGGCUUUGGCAGGCAUGCUGUGGACGAAGCAGUUCUACCAAUUUGUUCAAAGGGACUGGUUACAGGGUGAUCCUGCACAGCCGCCGCCGCCACCCGAGAGGAAAUACGUCAGGAACAGGGAAUGGAAACAUCUGUACAUUCAUGACAUCCUGUCCAUGCCUGACAAGUGGGAGUAUCCGUUCUUUGCAGCUUGGGACACUGCUUUCCAUUGCAUCCCGCUCGCUGUAGUGGACCCCGAAUUUGCGAAGAGUCAACUGGAUCUGCUGACGCGCGAAUGGUACAUGAAGCCCGACGGCCAAAUUCCUGCGUAUGAGUGGAACUUCAGCGACGUCAACCCUCCUGUGCAUGCAUGGGCAACGUUUCGUGUGUUUAAGAUCGAGCGGAAGCUGUACGGUCGAGAAGACCUGCAAUUCCUGGAGCGUGUCUUCCAGAAAUUGUUGCUUAACUUCACAUGGUGGGUCAACCGCAAAGACCAAGGGGGAAACAAUGUCUUUGAAGGAGGUUUCCUCGGUCUGGACAACAUUGGUGUCUUCAAUCGUUCGGAGCCUCUUCCCACAGGCGGCGUCCUGCGGCAGGCAGAUGGUACUGCGUGGAUGGCCUUCUACUGUCUCAACAUGCUGAAUAUCGCUCUCGAGUUGGCGAAACACAACAAUGUCUAUGAAGACAUUGCAUCUAAGUUCUUUGAGCACUUCAUUUUUAUCGCGGACGCAAUGACCUACCGGGAGGGCGAGAACGAAGUCGGCCUUUGGAAUGAAAAAGACGGACUCUACUACGAUGCCAUCCAGUUCCCCUCAGGCCACACGAUGCAACUGCCCGUACGCAGCCUAGUCGGACUCAUUCCGUUGUAUGCGACACUUGUGCUGGAGCCGGCCACGAUCAACCGCUUUCCGGGCUUCAAGAAGCGCUUGGAGUGGUUCAUCGAGAAAAUGCCGGGGAUUGCGGAGCGCAACUUGGCAAAUAUGAAGGACCGCGGCCGCGGCGAACGGAGGCUGCUGGCACUUGCGAGCAAAGAGCGGCUCACCUGCAUUCUGGAGAAAAUGCUUGACGAGGACGAGUUCUUCAGCGAGCAUGGCAUCCGGUCCUUGUCUAAGAAGCACAAGGAUCAUCCAUGGGGCAUUGAUGUAAAGGGCCAGCGAUAUGAGGUGAAUUACUGGCCGGGUGAUUCCAAGUCUGGGAUGUUCGGAGGAAACUCAAACUGGAGAGGGCCCAUCUGGCUCGCGGUUAACUUCCUUCUCAUUGAGAGCUUACAGCGGUUCUAUCAAUAUUAUGGCGACGAGCUACAGGUCGAGUGCCCGACUGGAAGCGGUGACUACAUGAACCUUGUGGAAGUUGCUGAGGAGAUCCAGCACCGAAUCAUCCACAUCUUUGGCCGCGACCAGGAGGGCAAGCGAGCGACGAAUGGAGGAAACCCUAAGUUUGACCAUGACCCACACUUCCGUGACUAUGUGUGGUUCUAUGAGUUCUUCCACGCAGACGAUGGCCGAGGAUUGGGUGCAUCGCAUCAGACUGGAUGGUCUGGUCUUGUUGCGUACCAUAUCUUGCAGAGCGGCGCGACUUGCCGCCUGCCGAGAACUCCCAAGACUCCUCGCAGUCUCGCUCACCACUACUUUGAUGAACACAUUGAAUCACAAUCAGAAUAUGGUGACGAAACGCACUCCCUGCACAGCGCCUAUAGUGCGGCCGAUCUCAACACGCUCGGUGAUCUCUCACCUGAUGCUCUAUAAGUGCAUUGUGUUAUACGCCUGCAAUACAUCGACGAUCACACUGGAUUUGCGACGCGGCUGGACCGUAUUGUACACAUACUGACGACGCGGUCGUCGGUCGUCACCGGCCACGUAUCAGACAACGGCCAACUGUAGCACCUUCAAUCAUGUCUUUUGUUAGUCAUACGUACACGUUUGUAUCGGAAGCAAUGGGAUCCUUUCACGAUACGGAGCAGCGCAUGAACAUAGGCAUCUUUAGAGAGGAAGGUUGUGAAGCCACAGGCGUGUUGCUCUGCUUUAAUCUCCGACAAACGCGC